AAGUGCCGUGACCUAAAAUCCUCCGAGAUAGAGCGAUGUCGCGGGGUCGUCGCGUGGGCGUGAAAUUUUGCGGUGCUGGUUGUAGAUUGUGGGCGACUACGAUGCUGGUGUCGAAACAGGAAAUACGAUGACAGGAAAGGUCUCCUUCUCCAACUUCUGCUCUUAAUUUGUUGGUGGAAUUGGCGAACGGCGUCGAAUUGCCAUCGACGAAGCUGGCAUUCGAGCGUUGAUGGAAGAAUUCGUAGUUUUCCUCGUUGCAUUGAAUAGGGGUUGGCGUUUGUGAUUGGUGAUUGAUAUCCCAACUUUCUUAGAGUGGUGCUCCACAAUUUGGUCGCUUCCCUGUACUUUUUGAAUUCGUGAGAGAUUUUGGGGUUACGAUGAUCUGCAGCAUGGCUAUGGCGCAGGCCUCUGUAAACACAUAUCCUCAAACAGUUUCCGGAAGCAGCUUCAGCAGCAAGCUGCAACGGCCUAUUGUUUUAGGGGUUGAGUCGCCCUGGACUUCCACCAAGGGCCUCACACUAAAGUCGUCACAACUAUCGUCCAGAAAAAAUGUGACGAGCAGCUUCUUUGUGCUUCACGUUUCUCCAUUUACCAAAGCUUAUAAAAAGGGUUCAACAAAGUUCGGUAUUUUAUGGCAAAGACGAGUUUGCAGAAGAGUUAGGUGCCAUUUGGAAGAAGUAUCUCCUUCGCGGGAGGAUGAAUCUACUCCGGAUGGAAAUGACACUGUUCAAUUCGAUUUGAACUUACCUCGAAGAUCAGCACUUUUGGAAUUCACAUGUAAUGUUUGUAAGGCUCGUACCCAGCGUAUGAUUAACCCAGAGGCAUUUCGGCGGGGCACAGUUUAUGUUCAGUGUGGAGGUUGCCAAGCUUAUCAUCAACUAGUGGAUAAUCUAAAUCUUGUUAAAGAGUACCACUUCAGGAACGAGAUUGAUUCAAUGAAAAAUGAUUUGGGUAGUUGAUGUCAUAAAAACUCUUCAAAGGUUGAUUCUAGAGACAAUAGAUGACAUUGGGAUGAAGUUAAUACUCUAGGUUGUUCUUUACAGCAUGGCUUAGUUUCAAAAGUCAAUGGCUGGCGUGGCCUGCUGUUCUUUUACGAAAUGCAUUUGUUGUAAUAACUGGUUUUUGUCCGAAACUUGGGGUCACCAAUUUUCUUCGAUAGCA